CCGUACGCGUAACUUGAUUCAAAGUUUACGGUUUCGGAAGUCAUGAAUAUGCCGUAAAAAUGAGUAAAAACGCAAGGAAACCUGACAAGUCCUAUGAGACGUCGAGGGCAUUCAGAUUGAGUCACCAGAUACUAUGCAUCACAGCAAUCAACUUCAACAGGAGAUCCAUUGUUGGUUUCACCGAACUACAUUUGCUUCCCCUGAGAGCUGGAGUGAACAGAAUCAAACUCAACUGCAAACAAUGCAUGGUUUACAGGGUUGUAAUCAACGACCAAUGGGACGUGACCAAAACCAUCAGCUACAACGACCCCACCCUCUCAAUAUGCCAGCAGGAGAUGAAACAACGGAACCUGGUGUUCUUUUCCAACCGCCACAAGGAGGCGGUUGCGUCCGUUUCGUCUGAUCGCGGAUACGGGGAGCUCAUCGUAAAGAUCCCCAAAUCAGCCAUGAAUCUAGUCAAUGAUUACAAGACAUUAAGACUGAGCAUCGAGUUCUCCCUGGAGAAUCCGUCCGGUGGGAUUCACUUUGUAGUACCAGAUGCAGAAGACACUAUGGCAGAGAGGGCAGCACACAUGUUCACCUACAGCCUCGAGAACUCAUCCCGUCUUUGGUUCCCCUGCGUGGACUCCUACUCCGAACCAUGCACGUGGAAGCUGGAGUUCACGGUGGACUCUGACAUGAUGGCCGUGUCAAGUGGUGAGCUGAUCGAGACGGUCUACACGCCAGAUAUGACCAAGAAGACGUACCAUUACAUCCUCAAUGUGCCCACAUCUGCGUCGAACAUCGCCCUCGCAGUUGGGCCAUUUGAGGUUGUAGUCGACCCAACGAUGCACGAGAUAACACACUUCUGCCUUCCAAAGCUCAAACCACUUCUGCAACACAGUACAGUGUUUUUUCACGAGGUGAUAGAGUUCUAUGAAGAAACAGUUGGGACGAGUUUCCCCUACACAUGCUACAAGCAGGUCUUUGUAGACGAGGCGUAUGAUGACAGCCAGGCAUAUGCAUCAAUGGCAAUCUUCAGCACCAACCUACUUCACUCGGCACGCAUCAUUGACCAGACAUUUGAGACCCGACGUCUGCUUGCCGAGGCCCUGGCCAGUCAGUUCUUCGGCUGCUAUAUCUGCCCAGAGACGUGGGCCGAUGCGUGGCUAACGAAGGGUAUCACCAAGUACCUCGCUGGGCUCUGCUUGAGGAAGAUGUUCGGAACCAACGAGUACAGGUCCCAGAUUUAUUCUGAGCUGACAGAACUCUGCAAGUAUGAGCAGGAGACCGGAGGCGUGGUCCUCCACCCCUACCCCAUGGAGGAGCCCUCCACCGGUUCCAAGUCUUCCGGUGGUGACGCCGGAGCCGAUAGCGCGACCCCGUCCUUUAAAUCUGCACAGUCAUCAUCACUGGGCAAGACCACCAAGCCGUCGGUGUGGGGUGGGAACCUUCACUUCCCCUGCACCCAGCCCCACACCGUCUCCUGGAGGCACUGGAAGAUGAUCAUGAUGAAGUCCCAUCUCAUCAUGAGGCUCAUCGAGAUCAGGGUGGGACAGGAGUUGCUCCUCAAGGUCUUCAACAAACUUCUGUCCUUGGCAACUUCAGCAUCUCAUCAAAAGUUCAUGAGCUGUGCCUGGAGCAACAUGCUCAUUUCAACAUCAGGGUUCUUGAAGUCCAUCUCGACGGUGUCUGGCAAGGACCUCAAGCUGUUCAUCAACCGAUGGGUGUGCCAGGGGGGCAUGGCUCAGUUCCGGGGCACCUUUCACUUCAACAGGAAGAGGAACAUCGUAGAGCUGGAACUAAGGCAGGAUCCCGGCAGGCCGGGUAUCAUCAAAUAUGUGGGCCCUCUGAAGGUGACGAUUCAAGAGCUCGAUGGUUCAUUUGAACACACGCUCCAGGUAGAAGACAACCUGACAAAGGGAGAGAUCACAUGCCACUCCAAAAGCAGAAGGCACAAGAAGAAGAAGAUUCCAUUGAAGAAUGGUGAAGAGGUGGACAUGGAUCUUAGUAAGAUGGAUCCUGAUUCUCCUGUUCUAUGGAUCCGAGUUGACACAGAGAUGACCCUCUUGAGAGAAGUCAUCUUUGACCAGCCUGAUUACCAGUGGCAAUGCCAGCUCAGAUAUGAGAGAGACGUUGUAGCACAGCUUGAGGCUGUUGAAUGUUUAAAGAAGUUUGCCAGCUUGGAAACGACCCAUGCUCUGAGUGACAUCAUACUCCAUUCCGGCUGCUACUACAAGGUCAGAACACAAGCCGCAUACUGCUAUGCACAGGUAUCCAAUGAGCUUGCCGAAACCUUCAGUGGACAUACCGCCCUCAUUGCCAUGUUCAAGAAACUCUUCAGCUCCUUCUCCUCAGAGGACAUUGUGAGGCGGAAUAACUUCAUGGACUUCAGGGCCUACUUAAUCCAGAAGGCUGUACCUCAAGCCAUUGGUCUGAUACGCAACAUCCACACGAUGUGUCCUAGGGAGAGCUUAGCGUUCUUGGUAGACCUCAUCAAGUACAACGACAACGCCAAGAAUAAGUUCUCUGACUGCUACUACCGGGCCGGUCUGAUUGAUGCGCUCUCUAACACCAUCACUCCUGCCGUUUCCAUGGUCAACACCAGUGUGGAGAACCUUUCCCCUGAAACAAAGAUGGUUUUGGAGGAGGUGACCCGAUGCCUGAACCUUGAGAAGCUCCUGCCUUGCUACCAGCACACCGUCACCAUCAGCUGCUUGAGAAACAUCCGUCUUCUACAGAAGAACAGCCAUCUACCCAGCGAGCCAACGCUCUUCCAGGCCUACGCUCAGUAUGGGAACUUCACCAAGGUCAGACUGGCAGCACUGGAAGCGCUUGUGGACUACGUCAAAGUUGAAGCCAGUGCUGAUAUCUUCUCAUGGUUACUGGACAUCGUGGAACAAGACCCUGUUCCCAUUAUCAAGCACAAGCUACUACGGCUGCUGAUAGCCAACCCACCGUUUAAGUACAAGGAACAGUCGAAGCUUAGCACAGAGGAACUAGUAGAGAGGCUCUGGGCCCACAUGAAUUCAGGUACAUCUCACGAUGCCAGGUUACGUUGUGAUGUGGUGGAUUUCUUCUUCGCCCUCUACGGCAAAACCAGGCCUUCAUGUCUACCUCUGCCUGAGCUUGGUUUUGUUGUGAAUUUGAAGGAGAGAACGACAUCCGUGAAUCCAAACAUCAUGCCUGACGAGCCUGACGAUGACGAUGAUGAUAUGGAUAGUGACGGCCAGGAGGAUUCCUUCGUCGAGAUGGAAAGCAUGAGCGAUCCCCUGGGUGGGGCCCUGAGCCUAUCACCGGGCGUGUCGUCUCCUCGGAUAUCCAAGAGAGAGUCGUCGUCUCCGAUCCAUGUGGAUGUUGAAGAGGAGGAUGAUCUGCCCGUCUUCCCAACAAAGAGGGAGAGACUGGACAGUGAGGAAGCCGACAUUCCACCUUUUACCCCUGAUUUUGGGAAGGUCAAGGAUGAGGUCAAACAAGAAGUCAAAGAGGAAUCUCCAUUAUCACCUUUAGAACCAGGUGAGGUGGAUGAUAGCUCAAGGGACAGCUUCUCUGGCGUUACCAAGGAGACGACCUUUCCAGGCUCCCCGUCGUCGUCCUCUCACGCCAGCCUCCAGAGAGACGACUCUCGCUCAUCCCUGUUCAGCGAUCCGGGCAAGGCCUACCAUCAUCACCAAAAGAAGAAGAAGAAAAGUAAAGACAAGCACCGGCAUAAACACAGGCAUGAGAGACCGGAGAAAGAACUGCAGCGAUCUACCACCUUGUGAUCUGAAGGUCAUCCCUAUCAACGUCAUCCCUAUCAAUGUCAUCGUGAUCUGAAGGUCAUCCCUAUCAAUGUCAUCGUGAUCUGAAGGUCAUCCCUAUCAAUGUCAUCGUGAUCUGAAGGUCAUCUCUACCAAUGUCAUCGUGAUCUGAAGGUCAUCCCUAUCAAUGUCAUCGUGAUAUGAAGGUCAUCCCUCUCAAUGUCAUCUUAAGAAAACGCAAAUACAAAAGCUCAAACACAAGGAGACUGUUCAAUUCGUCAGUGAUCUACCAACUCUUGAUUUUACCAUCAAGCAAAGAAGAAGAGAAAUAACAAGAAAUGUUAACACAAGCAUGGGUACAAAUGUCGGCAGGAGAAAACAGAUAUUCUUCAGUGAUCUACAUGUAGCACCUUGUUAUGUUACAGUGUUUUAUCGCCACCAUCAUUAGCAUCAUAUUCAUUGUAAGAUAAGUAAACAAGAAUAUAUGCAUAAGCACCAUCACAAGAAAGCUGAUGAAUUCUUCAGCAAUCAAUGUCACCACCAUUAUAUCGCCGUCAUUAUUGUCACAGUCAUCAUUUCUAUCGCUAUCCGAAUGAUCAUUAGCAUCACUAUCAUCACCACCAUCAUCAUCAUCAUCAUCACUACCACCAUCAUCAUCA